AUGGCCGUUGCACGCUCGAUGCGCCGUACGAGUCCUGUCAGCCUCGUUUUGGCUGCGCUACUGGCCUUCGGCUUCAUCGUUUUCAUGCUAUCGCCCUCAUCGCCCUCCGCCUCCGCCUCCGCCGUCUCAUCGCACCAGCGCCAGCAAGACGCCGCUGAACACCCUCUCUCCCCUCCCACCAAGCCCUUCCUCAAGUCCCAGCCCGUUCGCAGCGAUGGCAUCCAGGCAGCCCCGCCGGUCGUGCACUACAACCUCAACAAUCUGACCAGCACGAGCGACUCGAUCGCCAACCGCGAGCGAAUCCUCAUCCUCACCCCGCUGGCCCGCUUCUACCAAGAAUACUGGGACAACCUGGUCAAGCUGAGCUACCCGCACGAGUUGAUCUCGCUGGGAUUUAUAGCACCCAAAUCCAAGGAUGGAAACGCAGCUGUUGCGGCGCUGGAGAAAGCUAUCGCCCGCACGCAAUCGGGCCCGAUUGAUACCCGCUUCGCGAGCAUUUCAAUCCUGCGUCAGGACUUCGAUCCGCCGCUCCAGUCGCAGGACGAGAAGGUCCGGCACAAGAUGUCCUCGCAGAAGGAGCGCCGCGAGUCUAUGAGCCGCGCCCGCAACAGUCUCGUGUUCACCACCAUGGGUCCGAGUACAUCGUGGGUGCUCUGGCUAGAUGGGGACAUCGUCGAGACACCCUCGUCUCUCAUCCAGGAUUUGACGAGGCAUGAUCAGCCUGUCAUUGUGCCGAACUGCUACCAGCGGUACUACGACUCGGAUUCCAGGAAAUGGGACAUUCGUCCCUACGACUACAACUCAUGGAUCGAUAGCGAACAUGCCCAGAGGCUGGCUGCGGAGAUGGGACCCGACGACAUCUUGCUGGAGGGGUAUGCGGAGCUGCCUACAUACCGCACCCUCAUGGCCUUCUUGGCUAACUUGAAGGACCUGGAUCCGGAGCGUAUGGUGGCUCUCGAUGGUGUCGGCGGCACAGCCCUCAUGGUCAAGGCCGACGUUCACCGUGACGGUGCCAUGUUCCCUGCCUUCCCGUUCUACCACCUUGUUGAGACCGAAGGAUUUGCGAAGAUGGCCAAGCGGCUAGGGUAUGCAGUCUUUGGGCUGCCAGAUUAUUUCGUAAGUGACAAGUGUCCCUGUCCUUCAUUCCUGUCGAAGAUCCUCGCUUUUAACAUCUAA